ACACAGCUGGGUACAUAAAUACAGCGUGCAGCCUGACAGAGAUCCUCACACACCGUGGCUGUCAGCUCCGUAACAGACCCUGAGAAUCUCUGAGAGGAGGAAACACUGACACAGAGAGAAGAAAGAAAGAAGAGUUUGAAGAAGACGAGAAGAGAUGAGCAGCAGGAUGUCGUUUGAAGCAAAGGAGAAGACAGAGGUGCGUCUGGUGUUUCUGGGAGCAGCUGGCGUGGGGAAGACCGCCCUCAUCCAGCGCUUCCUCAAAGACACUUUUGAGCCAAAGCACCGGCGCACGGUGGAGGAGCUCCACAGGAAGGAGUUCAAGGUCGGCGGCGUCAAAGUCACCAUCAACAUCAUGGACACGAGCGGCAGCUACUCCUUCCCCGCCAUGCGCAAACUCUCCAUCCAGAACAGCGACGCCUUCGCCCUGGUGUACGCCGUGGACGACCCCGAGUCCCUGGAGGCGGUGAAGAGUCUGCGGGACGAGAUCCUGGAAGUCAAAGAGGACAAGUACACGCCUAUCGUAGUCAUCGGCAACAAGAUCGACCGCCAAGAGGAGCGCCAGGUGACCAGCGAGGACGUGUUGUCUCAGCUGGAGCUGGACUGGAACAACAGCUACCUGGAGUCGUCGGCCAAAGACAACGUGAACGUCCUGGAGGCGUUCAGGGAGCUGCUGCAGCAGGCCAACCUGCCCAGCUGGUUGAGUCCAGCACUGAGCCGGAGACGGGAGACGUUCCCAGAGGAGGGGAACAAAAGACUGAACAUGAACAAGACCAACAGCUGCCUCCUCUCGUAGUGACAGAGUGGACACGAGAGAGAGAGAACUGAGACUGAAGGAGAAACAGGGAGUUAGAGGUGUUGAAGCUGAAAGCAUCAAACACACAGACGGACACAUGAUGCUGCAGACACAGAGGGACGUGGUCGAGCAUCAGAGGAGAGGAAUGUGAACACUUGUUACUGUGAAUGUAAAAAAGAAGCGACCACGUGGAGUUAGAUCUCUGCUCCAGCUCUUCUUCAUGUGUGUGAAACUUGUUGCUGUAAGAAAACAUGCAAAUAUGUGAAGUGAUGUUCAUUCAUGCAUCAGUCUGUUUAUGAGAUUUAAACUGCAGCUCUAUGUGAACUUUAAAAUAUAUUAAAUAUUAUGUUGCACAAUAAA